UUCUCUGACAGGAUGAUAUUUCAUCGCAGGGAGAUGAGAUUAGACUUACCUCGUUUUUGAUGACAUAGGUGAAUUCAUUCUUCAGGUACUCGAUGACACUCUCAUCGCCAUUUGGAGCAAACGACCCGCUCUUUGCCUUUCGAUCCAGCGCAGGGGUUAGUUCGAUGAGACCGGUCAUAGCACUCUUGACCUGGCUGAACUUGGUUGAAAAGGCUCCAGCACGGGCCGGGUCUUCCUUUCCAACACUGGCCUCAACAAUAUAGCCAGGGACGAGCGAAACAACAGCGAGGUAUUCUGUGUGAGUCUUCUUGCCGUCCUCUUGGCGCUUUGCGAGGCUCCAUGAAAAGGUAGCAGUGUUACCCCAGUUUGCUUUGAUAGUUGCUUUGAGGGUAUCGUUGGACGGCUUGUUUGCGAGUUCAGGAAGGCUCCUUUAUUGUCCGAGUGAAAGGGGUAAAGUGGAGUGUUCUCGUCAGAAACUUGAGUGGCGUCGAACGCGAAAGUGCCUUGGUUGAAGUUGACAUCGGGAACCAUCCAAGUAGUAGGGUAGACUGCCUGCCAUAUGGCGAUGUAGCGGUCAACAUUGGCGUGGUGGAGCCAAAAUACGGGGUCGAAGGCUGUGAAUUGCGAAGGGCUCAUAUGACCGUUCGCAAAUGUUGUAUGCCCUGUGCCGUGUUUGGUCUCGAUAUCACCAAUCUGUGUAGGGCUACGAGGAUCUGUGUAGUACGACGUUGAGAAAUUACCCCAUCCUUGCCAC